AUGACGGCGCCCUACCGGCUCAGUCUCGUGAUCCGAGUCGACCUGGCAGCGGACCUUCUUCCAGACAACCAGAUCAAGUUCACCAAGGGGUGCAAUCCCGUGCUUGAGGCUCAGAUCAACCAUGUCAAGCGCAGCACCCGCAAACGCCGCCACACCACCCAGCCGUCGUGGGACGAAAAGCUCAUAUUACCAUUGGACGUGGAACACUACUCUCAGAUCGUGACGGUGUCGGUGUGGGAUAAACACCGGCGGUAUAAGAAUUACCUUGGAGAGCUUAGACUUUCCCUCGAGGAUAUUUUCCAUAACGGGGCUGGUUUCCAACUGAGAACCGACGUCAAAUGGUUUAAGCUCCACUCCAAUGAUGAUCGCCAUAGCUUUGUUACCGGCAGUGUCUUGCUUGGGUUUGAAUUACAGGUGAAAACCAAUAAAGGUCGUUCCAAACAUACUCCCGAACCAGUGGAUAAUACUCCCAAAAUCAUGGUCAAUGGCGAUGUAACCACCCCACCGUCGUGGUCAACUGAUGAGGGUUCGUUUGUUACCCUGGAAAGGCUGAAAAAGCGAGCCUUUGACGGCUGGAUCGAGUCGUUACUUUACCAGAAUGCCCCUCAGGUGGCAGCAGUAAACGACCAAGGGUUCUACGGUGAAGGUAUUGGGAGCGACGUGGCAUCACUGGCUUAUCCUAAGCUGCAACUGGGGGCUAGUGACGGCACAUCGUUCCUGGAAGUGCUGGAAAGCGAAGCCUUUGCCAUGACCUCUACUUCUCAAUCUAAGAAGAAGAAAGAGGGCCCCUAUGAGCUUGUUGACCGUAAAGUGUACGGGGUGUUGUACCUUGAGAUCGUGUCGUGUAGCGAUCUCCCUCGCAUCCACAACGUCACCCGUACUUCUUAUGAUGUCGACCCGUUUGUGGUGGUUACAUUUGGUAAGAAAACUUACCGUACUCUGUGGAAACGUCAUAAUCUUAACCCUAUCUUCAACGAGCGACUCGUGUUUGAAGUGCUCCCGUUUGAGGCUGGGUUUGAUAUCCGGUUUGAAGUGCUUGACCGUGAUUUGAUUAGUAACCAUGACCGAGUGGCUUCGGUACUGGUGCCAUUGACGGAUAUCACGGAAAACUGUACCGCUUUACCAUCACAACCCAUCCCUAUUGAUCGGACAGAGAAUAGCAGCAAUGACGACGACGUUGUCCAUGAAGUCCACAAAUCGAGAUUUAAACGGAAGAAUGUGGUGACGCUGUCGGUGGCCGAUACUCUGAACUUUUUGACGUUGCAUUUAGACCUUCAAGUGGCCAACCAGAAAUACGCUACCAAGUAUAAGCCAACACUUAAGAUCCGAGCCCGGUUUGAAACCUAUGACCUGCUUCGCCGAAACUUCUGGAAGAUCUUACUCAGACAAUUCCACCCUGAUGACGACGCUACUUACGACCACGUCGCCCUCGUAUCUUUAUUGGACGUGUUAGGGUGUACUGAUUCCCAGAAACUCGCCCAAUCAUUCUUCAUUCAACUUAAUAAAGUCGACGAACCGUUGACUCAGGAUGAAGUGGUGGACUGUUUGGAAGAUUACAUUAAACUCCCCGACCACCAGGAGAAAAUCAUGGUGUUUGAUACUUGUCCCUUAUGCAACCGUAAACGGUUAUUAAAGAAGGAAGAGCUCGAUAUCGUUACUCACGUCGCCGUGUGUGCCUCCAAAGACUGGAGUAUUGUCAAUAAGCUUUUGGUGCUGCUGUAUAUUACUCCUCAGCUCGCUCGACGCAAAUGGGUACCACGGGUGGUAAAAAAGAUCACCUACGGUAAGUAUAAGCUUGGUGGCCGUCUGGCUAAUAUCUUGGUCCAGGAUCGAACCACAGGGAUCAUCUUAGAGGAGAAAAUGUCGGUAUACGUCCGACUUGGCAUUCGUCUCUUAUACAAUACCACUGACAAAGCCAGUCUGAAGAAAGUCCGCAAACUCCUCAAACUGUUAAGUGAAAAGCAGGGCGCCAAGUUCGACCUGCCGGAGUCAACCAAAGACAUUGCCAGCUUCAUCAAGUUCCACGGGCUUGAUCUUAGCGAUUGCUUGAUCCAGGACCCAGUGAAGUUUCCCACGUUUAACGAAUUUUUCUACCGCAAACUCCGUCCCGGCGCUCGUCCCUUAGAACUGGACGACCCGAAAGUGGUGGUAUCGGUAGCUGAUAGUCGCUGCGUGUGUUUCCCUACAGUUAAUGAAGCUACUCAAUUGUGGAUUAAGGGUAAGAAUUUUACGUUGGCGCGGUUGUUUAACGGCAACUUCAACAACUACGAAAACUCAGCAUUAUACAACGCCGACCAGUGCUCCCUUGCCAUCUUCCGGCUUGCCCCUCAGGACUACCACCGGUUCCACUGUCCCGUGGAUGGGGUGAUUGGCCCCAUCAAACACAUCGUUGGUGAGUACUAUACCGUGAACCCGAUGGCUAUUCGGCUGGAGCUCGAUGUGUUUGGCGAUAACGUGCGUACCAUCAUCCCCAUCGAACUGCCUCAAUUUGGAAAAGUGGUGAUGGUAGCGGUCGGGGCGAUGAUGGUGGGGCUGAUUAUCCUUUCAGUGGAGGAAGGCGAGGAAGUGCUGCGGGGCGAUGAGAUCGGCUACUUCAAAUUUGGCGGGUCGACGGUGGUGUUGCUUAUGGAGCGGGACCGCUUCCAGUUCGAUCUGGACUUGCUUGCCAACUCCCACGCUCUGAUUGAGACUUUAGUCAGAGUGGGCCAGUCGGUGGGCCACGCCCCCGACGUCGCCGAGGUCGAACGCAAGCGUCUCGACUUCUUCCAGCAGCUGGCCAACUACAAGAUGAAGGUGAUCCGGACCCUUACCGGUGGGGACUUGUCGCUGGCGAAAGAACUCAAGGACUGGGAAUCGUUCAACUUGCUGAUCAUCGACGACGAUUGA